CCCACCUUUUUCAGCUCAAAUCCAACCCCAACUCCAUCCAUACAUAUCUGCACACACGUAUCCACCUACUAUCUCCACAUAAAUAAAUACUUUCUUCUUCUCUAUGUAUAUCUCAUUCAUUCAAUUUAACUUAACUUGAAUUCUGCUAUUGAUAUUUCAUAUCCACUCUUAAUAUACUUUGUAACUCAAUCUGUUCUGUACUAUUUGAUUUAAAAUGGAGAAGAGCUUAAGCCAGCAAUACAAACGUGUAUUCAACCACUUCGACGGCGAUGGAAAUGGCAAGAUAUCAGCUUCAGAGCUGCAACUUUGUGUCGGUUCAAUAGGCGGCGAGCUUUCGCUUGAAGAGGCUGAGGCGGCGAUCUUGUUGAUGGAUUCUGAUGGAGAUGGGUUGUUGGGGUUGGAGGACUUUGAGAGGUUAAUGGAAGGAGGAGAGGAAGGAGAAGAAGAGAAGGUGAGAGAAUUGAGAGAGGUUUUCAAAAUGUAUGAUGUGGAUGGGCGUGGUUGCAUUACGCCUAAGAGCUUGAAGAGGAUGCUUAAGAAGCUUGGCGAGUCGAAAAGCAUUGGAGACUGUAAGUUGAUGAUAGCUUACUAUGAUCUUAAUGGCGAUGGUGUUCUCAAUUUUGAUGAAUUUAGGAUUAUGAUGUCUUAGAUGAGCAGAGAUUACUACGUUGUCUACUUUUCUGUAUAUGCAUUUGAAUCUUGAUGAUCAUGUUCACGCGGCAAUGUAUAUAUCUUAUGAAUAACAUUCUUUCAGAUUACUGUUCUUUUUU